UGUCAGGGCGGUUCUUUCCCUUUGUCUCGGCAGGAGAGAGGGAGCAAAACGGGGAGAGAGAGGGUCUCUGGUUCCUGAACAAGCGUUAGGCGUCAGAGGGCGGCUUGGAAAGAAACUCAAGGAGAUUUAUAUUUUAAUUGAAGGGCAACCUGUUAUUCUGCACCUGUCUUUCUAUUGUUGUUUUAAAAAUUAUUUUAACAUUUUGGAGAGUUUGUUUUCUGUCCUAAGCCUAAGCGCUCUUGUGGAGGUCGUAACUGGUGAAGGUUACUCUGUGAUUCUCUGGGUGCCUGGUUGUUCCUAACUCAGACCAUGCAUUCUCUGUGGCUGCUUCUGAUCCUGUGCCUGUCCCUGUCCCUGGCGCCCCUCGUCCAGACCGAGAAGGGCCUGGAGUUCCCUCGCUAUGACGGGAACGACAGGGUCAUCAACAUCAAUGACAAGAACUACAAGAAGGCUAUGAAGAAGUACAGCAUUCUCUGUCUGCUGUACCACAAACCCAUCCCUGACGGCAAGGAGCUGCAGAAACAACACCAGAUGACUGAGAUGGUGCUGGAGCUUGCUGCCCAGGUUAUGGAGGAAAAGGAGAUUGGGUUUGGAAUGGUUGACUCCCACGAAGACGUCAAGGUUGCCAAGAAGCUGGGCCUGGUGGAAGAGGGAAGUGUGUACAUGUUCAAGGGAGACCGUAUGAUUGAGUUUGAUGGCCUGCUCUCUGCAGACACCCUGGUGGAGUUCCUACUAGACCUGUUGGAGGAGCCCGUGGAGGUGAUAGGAAAUACUCUGGAGCUGAGGGCCUUCGACAGGAUGGAGGAAGACAUCCGUCUUAUUGGCUACUUCAAAAACGACGAAUCAGAAUACUACCAUGCAUUCAAGGAGGCUGCAGAGCAGUUCCAGCCCUACAUCAGAUUCUUCGCUACCUUUGAGAAAUCUGUGGCCAAGGAGCUGACCCUGAAGAUGAACGAGGUGGAUUUCUACGAGCCCUUCAUGGAGGAGCCUGUCACUGUCCCUGACAGGCCUAACUCUGAGGAGGAGAUCGUGGCCUUCGUCACUGAACACAGGAGACCAACACUGAGAAAACUGCGUGCUGAGGACAUGUUUGAGACCUGGGAGGACGAUUUGGAGGGGAUCCAUGUGGUGGCCUUCGCAGAGGAGGAGGACCCUGAUGGUUAUGAGUUCCUGGAGCUGUUGAAGGAAGUGGCCAGAGACAAUACCCACCACCCUGGUCUCAGCAUCAUCUGGAUCGACCCUGAUGACUUCCCCCUGCUGAUCCCCUACUGGGAGAAGACCUUCCACGUGGACCUGUUCAAGCCUCAGAUCGGAGUGGUCAACGUUACUGAUGCUGACAGCAUCUGGCUGGAGAUAGACGAACAGGACCUGCCCACAGCCCAGGAGCUGGAGGAUUGGAUAGAGGACGUCCUGUCUGGCAAGGUCAACACCGAGGAUGAUGAUGAUGAUGAUGACAACGAUGAUGAUGACGAAGAUGACGAAGACGAUAACGAUGACGAAGACGAAGAUGAUGACGACGAAGAUGAUGACGACGAAGAUGAUGACGACGAAGAUGAUGACGACGAAGAUGAUGACGACGAAGAUGAUGACGAUGAUGACGACGACGAAGAUGAUGACGAUGAUGAAUAAUUAAAAAACUACAAAUUUGUAAUCCAAAAUUCAUAACAUUGUUGUAUAGUCUCUUCACUGUACUAUCAUCAAAGUGAACGAGUUCAGGGAGAGAGGAAUAGAUCUAUAUGCUUUUAUAAAAUAUUUUGUACAAUGUGUACAUCACUAGCCAAAAUCAACCUUUCUGCAUUAGAAGAAAACCCAUCAACAGAUUUUGUUUUUCAAGAAUCUGAUAAAAAUACUGUUGAUAAACUGAAAUCUAUCUGAAAGAGAGAAGUAACAAUAUGUUGACCAACAGAGAUACUUCAGAAAACCCCAAACAGUACUUUCCAUCCUUCCCUUAAUUCUACUAAUUUCUAACAAUGACUGGCAACCACGACAAAUACAUCAAUCUAACUUUAGUUUGAUCAAUGAAGUGCUGCUGUACACCAUCCUAAACCUCACUGAAGUCACUGAAAGGUUGGCAUCUUUGUGUGCUUUUCUGUGCCCUCUAUAAUAUACUCUGUGUGUAGAUAAUUGCAUUUUAGGUUCUACUUCCUGGAGUCAGUGCAAAUACACACCUGUCUCUCCCUUUC